AUGGAUCCGCAUAACCUGCCUGCGGGGAAUUCUCGCAAUAGGAGAGGUCGGCCGCGUCGUGACGGAGACGGCGUACGCGAGGCAAUCAAGGUACGACGAGAGCAAAACCGUAUAGCGCAGCAGACUUUUAAGGCUCGAAGGCUCGCAGCUCAAGCUGAAACCGAAAAUCGCAUCGCUCACCUUGAAAAAACCAUAGAGAGCAUAGUCGAGCUGUUUUUAGAAAUGACAGAUAACGUUAUGAGUUUUGCCUCAGUUCGGCAGCACUCAGACCUAUCUCGACACAUCCGGGACUCGAUAAUCCAAUGCCUGUCGUUAGUGCGUGGCAGUAUUACCGUUACCGUUGAUUGUGAAGGAGACAAAUCCGAAAAAUCUUGCACGGAUCUAGUGAGCAGCCAGACGCAAGAUUGGUCCCAUCACGUAGCAGUGCCAUCGACGGCUCGCUCCGAUCAGAUUGCGAUAAUCUCGGACUUUUAUGCCCCUUUUCUGAAAGAUGGCAAUAACCCUAGAAAAGCAGAGACGCCUGCUGCGGCUUCAGAACCGGUCCUUGGCAGGUGUUUAGACGCAGAGCACCCGCUCAGCUCCGGAGUCUCCAAUCCAUUCGAUCCCAGUCGAAUUUAUGAGUUUAUACGUCCGGCUUAUCCACUACAAUCGAUAAACCUUUACUCAAAAUACUCGCGAAGCUCUGUUAGCAUCGAGCUAAUUCGUUGUACACUAAACUUUGCUUAUAAUGUUCUGCAUAACGCGGUGGAUUUAUCGACCGGUUUGGUGGCAAACAUGUUCGGGCUGUCUCUUCAAUCACACUCUAAAGAACAGCUUUUAAGCAAACUUCUUUGGUCGUUAGGACCAGGGUCCACGAUCUUGGGAGAAUUCGCCAGUUUUGACACCACCAUCAGCUCUCAAGAGUCUGAGACAGGCGAACAGAUUCCGGCGUUUGAUAUUAUCAAUUAUAGCAGGGACCCAUCCCUCAUCAAUGCGGAAGGUGUUGUCAUUUGGUUGGACUCCAUUGGAGUCCGGAGAAUUGAUGAAGAUACACUGGAGGUCCCAAUAUGGGAUCAAGCCACGCCCCCGGAUGUCGGAGGCGUGGUCCCAGGACUUUUCCCGGGCCGAUACUCCUUCUUGAAUGCAGAUGUUUUUUUCUCACCAACGCGAAGCCCAAUUAGAAAGGGGAAAGCGGAAAUGACAAGAAGUUCAAAAACUUCUACGGCUGCAUGCACCACUCGCAUAUCUCAGUCGGCCUUGUUCCGUUAUUUGUCCGAAGUGUCUGUUUGUUUGAAUUCAGGCGUUGCUUAUCACCGACAGCAUCUCGUUAGACUAGUCAUGGCAUCGCAGGUGUGUUGA